GUUCCAUGUUAGUUGUUACCUAACUCCGUUUGAAUUUGGAGUCACAGGAAUCUUCUGCACUUGAGCGUUGAAAGACAAAAUGUAAGAGAAAACUUCAUCAAGGAAGAGAGAAACCUGAAACAACUUCUUCACCCUGGGUAGUUGCUACAGGCCCUCCAACUGCUGAUGCUAAUGUAGGCCAGCUGAAAACCUUGCAGCUCCCCAGUCCUCCGGAAUAUGUUGUGUACACCGACAGUGAGUUGGAGCAAUGCCGAAAGAGUUACCUGGAGUUGGCCUGCUCCGGCAGGGAACAAGCAUGCGUCAUGUCAAAAGAACUGAGAUGCAGAUUGGUGAGAAAUACAAUCACAAGUAUGGUGUCCCUUUUGAGAGCAAGCCAAGGCCAAAUGGAGCGAUACCCCUCUAAGACCGAAAUCACUGCAAUGGCUAAAAAAGUUGUGGAAUAUUAUCCUAUGCUGCAGGAUAAUGAUGCAAAAGUAAAACACGAGAGCAUUAAUGCCAAGUUACAAAAAAGGCUGCAAAAUAUGAAAACCCCAGUAAAAAGGCAAGGACCAACACCGGAGAGGGGACGGCCCAAGAGAAGGCUCACUGACCUCUCCCCAAGGGAUGAAGAAGCUGAUGAUGAAGAUGCUGAUCGCAGUUCUUCCAGUGGUGCAUCUACUCUGUUAUCACCUGUCAGAAAUUCUGACGAUGCCUCCACUUCAUCUGACAAGGAUAGUCGGCAAAUACAAGCAAGACAUUACAAAACAUUACAAGAAAUGUGCAAGAAGGCAAAACCAAACCAAGAAGAUGUGUCCCAGCUAUUAGACCUCGAGUUUGAAGCCAGAAGAUCCUUCAUUGACUCAGACACCAUGAAAGAGGAGAACAGAGCUCGCCUCAUCUUGGAUGCAUAUCCAUGCUUUAAAGAAUUGCAUCAUGCAUUGGGUGAGCUUCGCAGAAUUUUGGAUCCCCACAACAAGUUCAUCAGUCAAAUAAAACUGAGAUGGGAAGAAUUCUGCUCCAGGGUAGAGUUCUACGGUGUGUCAAAGAAGGCAAUGAAUCCACCAAUGACCAUGGACAAAACUGAAGCCCACCUUGCACUGAUGAAGGCUCUUCCAACGCUCUUUCCCACACCUGCCCAUCCACCAAAAAAGAUGGGGAAUGCUUCUGAAGCAUUUCUACAUGUCCUGAAGCCUACAGAAGAUCCAGAUGCUGUCCUCCAGAAACGAAGCUUGUCAUGUCCAGUAGUGAUGUUCGAUGGCUGCAAGUGUGUCAUUGCUGUUGGUAAUUUACCAGUUACAACAUUUGACAAAGAAAAACUUGGUGAGGCUAUGAUAUAUGUGAUGGCAUACUUUUAUGCACUCUAUCUGACUUACCCCAAAUGCGUGGCAACCCUGCUGUCUGUCAUUCAGACAGAAGUUCUCCAGGAUGCCAUUCAUGAGCAUGACACUACAUCAUCUUACAGAAAAGCCCUGGCAGAAUGGCAUGCAUUUAUUGGAAAGUAG